UAUCUUUGACAUUGGCCCACCGGGUUUAUUAAAGUUAAAUAUGGCUUCGCUGUCUUUAAACACGCUAAAACAAGUAAUGAGAGCCAUGGUAGAUAACCCAGGCUUCGACAGAGUCAUGAAGAAGGUGGACAUUUUGUCUGCCGCCCCAGGUAAGGUGGUGUGUGAGCUGCGGGUGGAAGAGGAGCACACUAACCGGGGAGGGACGCUGCACGGCGGGUUGACAGCCACACUGGUCGAUGUCAUCUCCACCGUGGCUAUCAUGAACAGUGACAGGGGGGCACCGGGGGUCAGUGUGGACAUGAACAUAACAUACAUGAAUGCUGCCAAGAUUGGAGAGGACGUACUCAUCACUGCUCAGGUUCUAAAGCAAGGGCGGACUUUGGCGUUUGCCACUGUGGACCUCACCAGCAAGGCCACAGGGAAGCUCAUAGCACAAGGAAGACACACCAAACACCUUGGCAGCAGCUAAACUGUCUCCAGUCUGUGCCUAUCUGUAAAUCACAUGAUCAAGUCGCUCUACUGUCAUAACAAUGAACUCUAAGCAUGUAAAUUAACCUCUGCCUGUAAAUAGUUUGACUGUGUGUAAAAUGUAGUUAACAGUGGUGUGUGCAACAAAUCCUGCUCAUGGCUAGUUACUUAAUGACGUGCUGUUACCACAGUCACAUAUUGCAGUUACAGAGAAACGAAUAUCUGUAUGGCCUGAGUCAACUUUGACCUCACUGUAUCAAUGAUUCAUGCACAUGCAAUAAAACAAAUGGACAAGAGUUCUGCUUUCAAAAUUUGCACUGUAUUGGGAUAUGCUCAGCAGUAUUGAUUUGAGAAUCAACAGAAAAAAACCCAGAAGUUACACGCCUUAUACCCUUUCAACUGAACACACUGAAUCAACAAAUUAUUUGUACUAUGUACUUCAUAUUCUUUGACAAGUAAAGCCUGCAAACCCCAAUUUUAAUUUGAUGAGCAUGGCAGCAAAUUAUCCUUAAUUUUAGUAGGUCAAAUUAAACAAAAACAAAAAAUCAGUUAGCUUCAGCAACUUGUGUUAGGUAAGUUAAGUUUAAACAAAAGUAUGUCACCAUUUCAGUUUCUCACCAACCCACAUCCCAAAUAAAACAAAAACAUAAAACAUCAGAUUUCAGUAGCUUAAAUGAAAUAGUGCAUGAACGGCUUGAACGGUGACAAUGACCUUCAACAUCUAACCAACAUGUCUCAACUUUGUGUACAAUGCCUUUCAAGUCACUCAAGAUUUUAGCAAAGGCCUGCCUAGCAAUUUUCAGAGGAAAGCAAAUGACACCAAAACAUUUCUUUAAAAGUCCAGCAAAAAACUAAGGCGGUUUAUAAGAAGCAAUACCUACACCAUAUGAUUUGACAAACAUUGUUCAUCUUGUUAUCUUUGCUUACACGGGUGUUUUAACACCUAUUCACACCUGUCCUUGGUCAAAAGAUUGUAUAAAGUUGUUCUAGAAACCCCAUUGACAUUACAAGCUUUAACAAUCCUUUCUUAUGACAACAAGGAUAUAAAACACGUCCAUCUGAGAACCACCGUGAAGACCUGUGUAUUGUUUGUUCCUGUUUUGAUGCAACAUAAAGAGUUCCUUCAAUGACCGGUGCUGUUGACAGUGCGGCUCCAAGAGAACAACCAACCACUCAAAAUCAAUGUUCGUGCAGGUUCAAAUAAACAAAACUGGAUGAGUGAGUAGAAGGGAAUGAAGAGGGAGUGAAAUAAAAAACAACAA